AUGGCGUACGUUGGAAAAACCUACAUUGUGGAUAGAACCGAAAAUUUUGAAGAAUUUGUCAAAAGUCUAAAAAUUCCAGAUGAUUUAGCCAAUAUGAUUCUUAAAAGCAAAACGAAACAAACAUUACAAAAAAAUGGAGACGAUUACAUUCUCACAACCAUUUUUAAUGAUCAAAGGACUGUAAUUGCGAAUUUUAAAAACGGCAUCGAGUUCGAAGAUACUGGUGGCCCCAAGGGUGCUACUAAGACGAUUUUUACCGUAGAAGGUAAUAAGGUUACACAAGUGCAGAAGUUCGAAGAUGGUGAUAUCAUUACAUUUGUAAGAGAAUAUUAUCCUGAUAAACUCGAAGUGACGAUCACUGGCACCUGCUGGCCCGGCACCGCGAAGAGAUAUUAUGUCGCCAAAUAA